AUGGCGUUCAACGGCUCCUCCUACUCCGCGACGCUGAGCCCGAGCUCGGAUUCCGGCUUCAGCGCCCACCACAACAUCCUGUCCAGCUCAAUCGCAUCCCUCCAGUCCUCGUCCACUCUAACGCGCCCCACGCCGAACCACAUCUCCAAGACCUACCGCCAGGCCUCGCAGCUGUUCCUGACCCGCCGCCUGCCCGAGGCUCUGUCUACGGUACAGCCCCUCAUCACACCGCCCUCGCCCGACGAGAACGGGGAGUCCAACGGGGAUGCGGAGAACGAACCCGCGCCCAUUGCGAGGGCGAGCCGAUCCACACGCAUCAAGGUCUGGAGUCUGUACCUUACCAUCCUGAAUGCGAUUCUGGAGCUCGACCCCGACGAGGGCAAGGAUGCGUUCGGAACACAGGAAUGGAGAGCGCUGUGCACCAAAGUACGUGAAGGAGGAAUCUGGGACGAGGUGGUACGUAAUGGGUAUCAUGGGGUCGAGGGUGAGGUGGACUCGGAUGUCGUGAUAAACUUAGCCACUUUACUGUUGGCACAUGCACAUACACAAGAGUUGAACCAGAAACGUUUAGAGAAUUAUCUGGCUGCAUCCCAGCAGCCUAACCUGGAUAUAUCCCAGCGGCUGGAGGAAUCACAAUCGCCGAGACUGUCAUCACGAGGCCGGAAAUCCCCUUCCAAGUCCAGGAGAGGAACUAGCGGAGCCGACACGCCGCGCGACCUGAACGCCAGAGUCAAGAUCCUGGAGCUCUAUACGCUACAUGUGCUACUACGCAACAAUGAGUGGGACUACGCGCGGGAGUUCAUCAGCGUGUCAUCGGUGCUCGAUGAGGAGCGUCGAGAUGCCUUCCUCCAGGCCCUCGAAAGUCUGCAGGAGGAGCAGCAAGAGGAAGAGCGCCGGGUAAAGGAGGAAAAGCAGAGGCAGGACGACCAACUCCGAAGGGAUCUCGAAGAGGCCCGCCGAAUGCGUGCCGAGAACGAAGCGAGAGAACGCAAGAGGCUAGAGGAAGAGCGCGCACGGCGGGAGGGCAGCGAGGUUGAUUACGGUAUCGAGCAAACACCAAGUACCAACGGGUCCGCCAAGGGGAGACGUACGCGGACCAGCUCAUCGGCCUUGUCGAAACCAAAGCCGGCCAAUAGCAAGCCCGUGGGCCCUCCAAGUUACAGUGCGCGGGCAGCCAUGAUCCUGUCAAAUUUACGAGUCGUAAUCGAGCAGCUCGGGGCGUCGUUCAAGACAAACCCGAUGCUCUUGAUGCGGUUCGUAGCCUUCAUCGUGGGGCUGUUGGUCAUGUUUGGGAACCAGAGGAUACGUGAGAGGAUAACGCGUGUCCUGGGUACCGGCUGGAACAAGGUCAAGGCGACUGCGGGAAUGGGCGUCAAAGUCAGCUAUAUUUGA